ACCCGCUAGUGCUAUCUCGCCUUCGUUACCGUGCGGAUCGUUGUGUCGUUGUUCGUUCAUAGCAACCGCGUCACGAUGAUUGGGGUUCUUUUGGUGCUACUGGCUACGGCCGCUGGACUGCUGUAUCACUUCGCCCAGCGACGUUUCCAGUACUGGAGUGAUCGUGGCGUUCCUCAGCUCGAUGGAUCACUACCGAUGGGCAGCAUGAAGGGGAUAGGCCGUGAGCUGAGCAUGAACGAUCUGCUCGAUCGCGUGUACUAUCGCUUCCACAAGCAGUCACCGGUAGCCGGACUUUACUUUCUCAUCAAUCCGGUACUCCUCAUGCUCGAUCUGGAUGUCGUGAAGCAGGUGCUGGUAAAGGAUUUUAACAGUUUUCACGAUCGCGGUAUGUACGUGAACGAGCGGGACGAUCCGAUGUCCGGGCAUCUGUUUUCGAUCGGUGGUGAACGGUGGCGCUAUCUGAGGAACAAGCUUAGCCCCACCUUUACCUCCGGCAAGAUCAAACAGAUGUUCGGUACGAUCCAGGAGAUCGGUGGUGAGUUCCUGUCCACGGUUGAGGGGCAUAUGGACAGGGGAGAGCCACUCGAUAUGAAACAACUGGCCCAGUGGUUCACCUGUGAUGUGGUGGGUUCGUGCGCAUUCGGCAUUCAGUGUGGUUCGCUCAAGAACGGUGGCUCCGAGUUGCUCGAGAUCGGUAGCCGAGUGUUCCGGCAGACACCGCCCCGUAUGCUGUACAACAUAGCGGUGUCCACGUUCCCGAGUCUUUCCCGUGCCCUUGGUUUGCCACUGUUUCCGAAAGACUUUCGAACGUACUUCCGUGAGAUGGUCCGAUCGACGGUUGAACACCGGGAGCAGCAUCAGAUCGAGCGGAACGAUUUUCUCAAUCUGCUCAUUCAUUUGAAGAAUCGCGGACGACUUGAGCCGACCAACGAGGAACCCGGGGACACGGAGGCCGUCGGCGAGCUAGGGCAGUCCGAGACCGACUCCGAGAAGCUCACCCUGGACGAGGUGUCGGCGCAAUCGUUCGUGUUUUUCUUCGCCGGCUUCGAAACGUCUUCGACGACGCUCACUUUUGCCCUGUUUCUGCUCGCUAGCCAUCCGGAAGAGCAGGAACGGUGUCGGAAAGAGAUACUGGAUAAGCUGGCCAGCGAUGGGACCGGUGAACAUUCCAUCACGUACGAGGCACUCAAGCAGAUGACCUACCUGGACCAAGUGAUCUACGAGACACUUCGCAUCUAUCCCGCGGUUGGUUUGUUGAUGCGCGUCGUCUCGAAACGCGUCCAUCUAGAAGCGGCCAACGUGACGCUUGAAAAGGGCACAAAGGUGAUGAUACCGGUCAAUGCGAUCCAUCACGAUCCCGAGCUGUACCCGGAGCCGUACAGCUUCCGACCGGAGCGAUUCACCCCGGAGGCGAUCAAGGAGCGUCACUCGCACGCCUACCUUCCAUUCGGCGAUGGACCACGGAACUGUAUCGGUAUGCGAUUCGGACUGCUGGAGGUGAAGUUCGGAAUUGUGCAGCUGCUGAGCAAGCUACGGUUCACCGUGCACCCGAAAACGUCGCUACCACUACGGAUGGCCAAAAAUUCGGGCUUCCUCGAGGCCGAAGGCGGUAUCUGGUUGAGCGCUACACGAUUGUAGCGCGCAUACCGGACCACACCCAAUCCGUUUCCCUCUAGCAAGACAGCAUAAUAUAUUUUAAGACAGAA